GGCAGGCAGACAGUAGCAGUUAUUAAUAUGGUCAACGUAGAAGCGGCAUUUAAUCCAGCAUCUCCCCACAUUGUUCCUGUGUAUAUUAUAUAGAACGCAUUCAAAGUACUGUACCAAUAAGCCUAUUUACAUAUGUAAAGCUUGGUUCCAAGAAUUCAAUUCGGUUGCGAGAGCUGGAGAAGAUGAUAUCGGAGUGUCGUUAGCGCGUCGUUGCUAAGAUGUAGGCCUAGUUACCUAUCAACUGUGUUAUGAUACGGCGGUACAGGUAACAUCCGCAAUAAGAAGCGUCUAUUGUUGUUUUUCUCCAUGAAGCAUUGACGUAAAUACUAUGAGAUGAGGGAGCACCGGUAUAUUUAUAUUGUCAUCAUUAUGAUACAUGUGCUGCACCUGAACGAUGCAUCGGUGACACAGCAGCCGGGAGAUCUAACUUCAUUGGACAACACAACGUCCAAGCUCCUUAACGUCAUGGAUAAUUUAAUCAGCAAAGAUGAUCUGGUUCUCGCUUUGCAAUUGGUGGCUGAAUUAAUGGAUGGCGCUGUUUCUACGUGGAGCACAGAUCAAACUCAAACAACAUUUAUAAACACAUCUUUUGUGUUCGUAAACAAUCUUAUUGACCUCCAGUAUAAAGAGUUAUGGAAAGAUCUUCAAUUGAUUUCAUUGGUAGACUGUAUAAUCUUUCUGGAGAAUGUUCAGAUGUUUGGUUACGACAUCAGUAGCAUAUUAAGGCAAUCUGACAACACUUCGCUAGAAGAUAUCGAGCUUGAAAACAUAAAAGUAAAUUUUAAAAAGUUACCCAUCAAUGGCUCCACUCAAUCUCCAACUUCUACAAGUGUUGAAGCUACGUUGGCAUUAAGCACUAUUGCAACCGAUUCUAAAACUGAAUACAAAGGGGAAACUUUAAUAAGCUACAAAACCUUCGAAAAUCUACUGACAACAUCAUCGAAACGGCUUUUCAAAACACACCAUUACGUGAUCAGCAAACUGGUUUCAUACUCUGUGUCACCAACAUCUAACGAACUGUCAAUUCCAAUCCAAGUGGAAGAUGGUAACCGGAAUACCCCGAAUUGGACAUGCGGGUUUGUCAUCAAUAAACCCAAUGACAGUGUAUGGAGUAUAGAAGGCAUUAAUAAGACGUCUGAAAAUGAAACCACAGUUACGUGUUUGUUCAAUCACCAUGGCACGUUCGCAGUCUUGGGUUGUAUCCCGCCUUCAUUGCCAUGGCAGGUAAAAACCGCCCUCGCCAUAUCAAUCCUCAUAAUUAUCUUCGUAUUCAUAGUGUUAGUGUACGUCAACAGACUGUACUUUUCAGAUAUAAUAAUUUUGGUGUUAUGUAUCCUGGUUACGCUGUUUUUUGAACAGAUCUUUAUUGUAAGUGGAGCAUUCGCAGUCUGCAACAGGCAUACAUGUAAGGCAAUGGCGUUGAUUAUUCAUUUCUUUGAUUUGUCCAUUUUCUUUUGGAUAUUUGGUCAAUCAGUCCAAAUAGCACUGAAGAUAUCUUAUGUCACAAUGGAGUCAGGCGGUAUAAUGCAAUACUGUGCCUUAGGAUGGAUAACUCCUGCCUUUAUUGUCGCUAGCGCCGUUGGACUCGUUCAAGGCGAUUACGAAAACGGUCAAUACUGUGCCGUUUCAAAGACAUCACAUGCUUCUCUUGGUCCAAUCGUCUGCGUGGUUGUGUGUAACUACAUCUGUUUAGUGUACCUCAUCUAUGGGUACAACUACAUCCGGCGGUCCGACAACAAAGCAUACGCUGUUAUUAGAACUACCAAGUGCAGCAUAAUUGCCAAUGGGAUAAUUGUAACGUUGAUGUUCAUUUCAUGGUCAUUAUGGACUUCAGCUAUCGACGAGCAGACCAAUGUGUACUACUGGCUGUGGGCCAUAUCGGUCCUUAUCCUGGGGUCCUCUGUGCUUCUCUUCUAUGGAGUGUACAAUCCGGAGGUACGGUCUGAAAUUCUACGUAGGUUUGGUCGCAUAUCCGCCGUUCAAGACGGCUCCGUCGUUGGUCGUGCCGCCAGAAGCCAACAUCAAUUGAACGAGGCGAUUCGUCUCAGUCAAAUCAUCGAGAAUAGUGUCGUUCGCGAGCAGGACAGUGUCGUCGGUGGCGUGGACUGUGACCAAAUUACAAACGAUUCCACAAUAUCACUAACGCAAACCAUGACGUCAACGUUGCAGAGAGUUGGUUUUCGGAAAUCUCGUCUUGGACCGAGCACCGCGAAUGCAAAGUCGUCAGAGGGUACAACGUCUAAUAUUGGAAGUGCCUGAACUAUUUUUAUAUGAACCAUUAUAUAACGGCUACACAGACGGAAUACAGUAACAGGCUACGCUGAUAAAGAUAUUCAGGAAGGCCAACGGCGAAAAGGCAGUCUACAGUCCGAAACCACUCAUGGAAUAUAUUAACAGCUGUUAUGUAUUGAAGUACCUGAACUUAAAAAGCAUGAUGACGGAGUUGAUUGUGCAAUAUAAAUUUUAUUGAUAAUUUGAAGGUUAUGUUAAUAUAGGCCUACAUUCUGUAUUGUCUACCCUUUCGGUUAAAGUCUUGUGGGGAGCGAUCGUUUAUGGUUGCUACACCAAUGUUAUGGAACUUGUUACCUAAAUCUAUUCGUGAGUCACCUUCUGUCACAAUUUUUAAAGAACGACUGGAGACCCAUUUAUUCAUGUCCCUUUAAUCUAUUUUUUCUUUCCAUUUCUAGUUUUUCUAUAGCUUUAACUAGGAUAGAGGCGCCCGAAUCCGGGAUGGCGGAGACUCAACAGGUGCUGACUAUCAGUUCAAUUGAUUGAACCCUAGCUAGUUAGCGACGAGGUCGUAUCCCCAUACUUUGGUUUGGGUGCUGGCAUGGAUUUUAAAUUUCACUUCAUUUAUUACUUUGUGGUUUUGGUUUCCAUUCCAUCUUUACACUUGCCUUUUGAUAGCGCUUGAGACUCUUUGUAUUUUGCGCUCUAUAAAUUGAAACCAUUAUCCAUUAACUAUUACAUUUAUACUUUUAUUAAACACUAGCUUAUAUACUGCAUUGGAAAAAUACAUACUGUAUAAAAACCGUAGUAUAGGCCCAGUGUACACAAUUUGGAUCAUAUGCAUUUUAAAGAACACAGUAGACCUACAUUUUUAGACGAGUAGGGGUUACCCCGGUGUACUGGUUCAUACAGCACCUGUUGUGGACAGACGAGAGUAGCUUGAUCGGACACAAAGAUCAGACACGGAGAGACCCUUAGGGGGGAAGCAAGUUACUGCGCGAGAGCUAGUCCACACCUCGAGCGCUUUGAGACCGUUUCAGUCUAAAUAUUAAUUCAACUACAUAACAUUACGCAUGUCUACAUUAUUGGCAUUUAGGGAGCUUUCGAUUGCACGACGACGGUAGGGCGUAGAACGUAAUGACGUCACUUAAAGUUAUCUGCGCAUGCGAGAACGUUAAGGUCGCUUCGUCGAGUAGAUUCUGGAACGCAAUUUAGUCAAAUCAAAUAUGCAGAGACUUCUCUAUACAGGAACUCUAGUAGAGACGUACGUAGGACGACUGAUAGGACGGUCACGCAUGAGUGAUUCCGUUCUAGCAUCGCGUCGUCGCACAAAUAGAAAGCUCUCUAUUAUUGCACUAUAUUUCACAAAGCAAAAUAGAAACAAACCUGAUGUUCUGCCUUAUUUAUUACUCGCUAGGAUACUCCAGGGAACUUGGAAGUGAAGAUCAAUCAAUAAAUAUUGCAUUAAUAAUGGAAGAAUAUUCAUGCUGCGACUUAAGCACUACUGAUUUAUCGAGAUGCAUAAUUAACAUGACGAAUAUUAAACACACUGCGAUGAUGUAUCAUGAAAUAUGAGACAAAACUAGGUCUAUGCCUGAGCUAGCUUAAAGUAACAAUUAUUGGCGUAGCAAAUUACGGCCUUUUUCUGCUUGUGAUUGUAAUGAUUUUGGCAUAUUAUGUAUAUUAAUAGGAUAAAAUAUUUGAAUCUUUAUUAGCAAGUCAAUAUUAAUUUUGUUAUGAAAAUACAAUGUAAUUUAAAACAAGGGCUGCUGUAGUUUAGACUUUUAUACCAUAAUUAAAUUUCAUCAUUUUUACCAGGGGUGGCGCUGUAGUAAAACUGUCUCAAGUCCACAAUUUCCCAGCCCGAAUUUCAUACUUGCUUGGCAACGCCAAGGUAUUUACCGAUAAAUUGUAUCGGAAAGAUAGUUAUAAUUAAUUAAUUAAUUAAAUAUCGUGAUCGCAUUCUUCAUGAUAUCAUCACAAUGAUUAUUUUCAUGUAGAUGAUUAUAGUAGGCCUGAACACAAAACCACUGCCACUGAAUUUUGUUUUGCUAGUAGCGGUAAGGUAGUUGUGUUCUACAUUGAUGUGAGAUAAGAUAAGAUAAGAUAAAAUUUAUUGGUUCUCUCUUUUAUAACAGAGGAAUACUCUCGCGCAGGAGAGGUUCGACCUGUAGGCCUACAACAGUUACAAAACAACAACUGACAAUAUAUACAAAUGAAUGUGGUUAUGUAAAGUUGGUUCAUAAGAACGACUGCCAAAAUGCUUGCCAGAUUUUGUUCCUGUAAACUUACCUAAUCACUCUUCCUCCGGUAGAUCAUGGUAUUAUUUAAAUCUCUCUGUUUAAAGCAUGUAUGACAGAGGCGUGUCUAGGAAUACUAACACGGGGGGGGGGCUGAUGGAGAAGAAGAGGAGGUUAAAAGGCUCGAAGAUUAAUUUUUGCUCAAUUUGUACAGGGUUGUCUUGCUGCUCCAGACGCCCUACCGUAUAGCUCCACUGUAUAUAAAGACUAUUAAUAUGCACUAUAUAGGCCUAUAUAGAAAUGGAAGAUCAUAUCAUUGCAAUUGUAAAAAAAAUAGCCUAUACUGCUAAACCACAAUCUAAUUUAAGCACGAAAAUUCAAGAACAAUACUUUAAUUUAUAUAUUUGAAAUUCAUUAGAACAAGAAAAAAAAAAGGUUCCUUGGCAAUUAACGGAGUUUUAACACGUACUAUUUAUAGUAAAGUCAUUAACAGAUCACGUUUUAUUGAAAGUUUUUAACCAUGUGGUUCUAUGAUUUAACCGAAAUGGAGGUAGACAAUAAUCUGACCAUUUAAGCAGCUUGAUGCAGAUUAUCAAUUACUUUUUCAAAGUCUAGUAUCACGGCUUCACCUGGACAAUAGGGAAUUUUCGGAAGCUUACGAAAACAAUAAGGAAUACGGUUACGUCAUCAAAACCCUUCCCCUACGGUUUCAUACCUGUCACAACGUACGCGAUUGAUGUCCUUUGCAUCAAUCAAGGAUUGCAUUCAGUUUGUACAGCAUAAUAGCGAAUGCUUUAGGCACGGAUGCCGGUAAUGAUGACGUAUUCGUAUUCGUUAUUAUAUCGUUUGCGUAAAGUUGUGAAAUUUCCCUGGUGUCUACAAUAUGGGUGGGAUUAGGUCUCAAUUUGUAGUUUUCAAGCAUAGACUAAACGAACUUCAUAUAGCCAAGAUAUGGACUGGUGUGAUACAUUUUUACGACAAUAUUUUAUUAAAUCUGUUUGUGAUUCUGCUA